GCAGUGCAAGGAAAACGCAGAGAUAGAUUCGAAGGUGAGAUCUAGGAGAAAUUGCAGUGGGUGCAGCUUCACCGAAUCAUAGAUUCAACAACAACAACUAUAACAAUUCAAAUAUCUUCAUUAUACUCAUAUUUGGUGAUUGAUUUGAAUCAUGUGGGGCACCAUUGCCAAUUUGAAGGAGAACUUGAACAAGAUCGCCCUCGAUGUUCACUACGCCGACGACGAAGACGACAACGACGUCGUUCUACCCUUUUACCGAAGCCGUGCCGACGGCGACAACUCCGCCGUCUCCGAUCGCCGGAAUUCUCACAGCUUUGCGCAUUCCCAAUCGGUUCAUAGUUCGCCGGCGGCGAACGGAAUAACAGAUCCUCCCUGUGCUUCUGAGAUAGAACAAUACAAAGCAGAAAUCAAGAGACUUCAAGCAUCCGAGGCAGAAAUUAAAGCACUAUCAGUCAAUUAUGCAGCUUUAUUAAAAGAAAAAGAGGAUCAGAUUGGUAGAUUGAAUAAAGAAAAUGGCUCAUUAAAACAGAAUAUGGAGGCUACAAGUACAGCAUCUACAAAUGGCACGUAUACAAUCAAGGGAAAUAGUGACCAAUCAUUGAAUCGGCAGCAUAGGUUCACAACUCAAAUGAAAAAUCAUUAUGCUAUAAACAAUGGAACCAUCUCUGCUUUGGAAUCAGGUGCUAUUCAAAGUAAGAUGGUAUCUAAACAUUCAAACUUACAAGUAAAGGACAAGGAGCAAGCAGAUUUGGUAGAGGGAAAAAAUAGCCCCACAGCAGCAGUACAACAUGCUCAUGAGAUACAAAAAUUGAAGUUGCAACUCGAGCAAGAACGUGAUAAAUUGGCAAAAACUCAGCUAAAAUUUCAGGAGGAACAGAAAUUGAACAAGUCUUUCCAGGAGGAGCUUAAAUUAUUACAGUUGGAAAGAGACAAAACAACAAAUGAGAUGAGCAAAUUACACAAUGAAUUGAAUGAGAAAGUAUCAGAAAUAAAACGUCUGCAAUUGGAGUUAACUAGACAGGAGGAUGAAGAAGUGGGUGAUACUGUGGAUAGCUUGAAAAGGCUAAUCGAAACUGUAGAGAAGGAAAAUAUGACUCUUAAGAUUGAAAAGAAAGAACUUGAGGCUACGCUCAAAGCAAGUAGGAUGUCUUUCACUGGUAAAAUGUCGCCUGAUGCUUCUCAGAUUCAGAACAAGGAGUCAGGCAGUAUCAGUGAUUUGUCAGAUCCUUUCAAAAGUUUUCCAGGGAAAGAAGAAAUGGAAAGAUCCUUACAAAAGCUGAGUAAAGAUUUGAAGGACACACAGCAGGAGAAGGACAGAGCAGUACAACAAUUGACCCGCCUUAAACAGCAUUUGUUAGAAAAGGAAUCUGAAGAAUCAGAAAAAAUGGAUGAGGAUAGCAAAAUCAUUGAAGAACUACGCGAUAGCAAUAAUUAUUUACGUGCUCAAAUAUCACAUCUUGAGAGAACUCUGAAGCAGGCAACUGCAAGUCAGGAGAAACUGAAGAUGGAAAACAAUAACGAAAUUCUAAAGUCCAGGGAAAUCAUUGAUGACCUGAACAAGAAGCUUACAAACUGUAUGAGCACAAUAGAUGCUAAGAAUAUUGAACUUUUAAAUCUACAGACAGCUCUUGGACAGUAUUAUGCUGAAAUCGAAGCUAAGGAACAUAUAGAUGGAGAGUUGGCUCGUGCAAGGGAAGAAACAGCUAAGCUUUCUCAACAGUUGAAAGAUGCAGAUUGCAGAGCAGAUGUAUUGAGGGGUGAAAAAGAAGAAAUUUUAGCCAAGCUUUCUCAAUCUGAAAAGGUGCAAUCAGAAUGGAGAAGUAGAGUAGGCAAGCUUGAGGAAGACAAUGCCAGAUUGAGGCGAGCUCUUGAACAGAGUAUGACACGGCUAAAUAGAAUGUCAGUGGAUUCUGAUUUUCUUGUUGACAGGCGCAUUGUGAUAAAAUUACUUAUAACUUAUUUCCAGAGAAAUCACAGCAAAGAGGUUUUGGAUCUAAUGGUUCGUAUGCUGGGAUUCUCUAAUGAGGACAAGCAAAGGAUAGGUGUUGCUCAACAAGGUCCAGGAAAAGGUGUUGUCCGUGGUGUUCUUCGGUUGCCCGGCCGCCUCGUUGGAGGUAUCUUGGGAGGAAGUUCAGCAGAAUCAGCUGCAAAUGUGGGAUCUGAUAACCAGUCCUUUGCAGAUAUGUGGGUUGAUUUUCUUCUCAAGGAAACAGAAGAGAGAGAGAAGAGGGAGUCAGAUGGAAGUACAAGUAAAUCCAUGGAUGAUUCACACGAUAAAAGUCCAAAUAGUAGUUCUGCUUCUCCACCAUUUUCAAAUCAGAGGUUUAGCCCUCUUACAGCAACAAUUAAUCCACCCACUAAUCAGAAUAGUCCUCUUCCUCGUGGAUAUUUUCAACAUUCUGAACAAGUUGGUUCUGAGUUCUUAACGGUUCCUCUUUCACCAUCACCAUCAGAUAACAAAACUACUAGUUCAAAACUUCUUCCCAGAUACUAAUAUACAUUUUUUUUUAUGUAAAUUAAUCAAAGGUAUAAAUCAUUGUUAGAUAAUAGAUUAUAGUCAUCAAUUAAUUCUUUCACAUUAAUGAGUGUAUUUUAUUCACACAAGUGUAACAAUUUUUGUUUCAUUG